UUCCGAGGACAUUGGAACUAAGAAUCAAAACAUUUAAAAAGGGACAAAAAUAAAUUGGUCAUCAAAUUCAAACAAGUUCGAUUCGUAAUCACCGGUUAAAAGAGAUGAUGGAGAGAAGAAGAACGGCAUUGGUAUUGCUCGUUGUAGUGGUGGUGAUGACGUGGCAGGAGGGUGUUUUGGGGAAAUGGGCAGAGUCGACGGCCAAGGAAAAGACCGGUUCAUGGGCUGGUUGGGUCUCCGACAAAAUCACCACUGGAUUUGGUACCAAGAAAGAGGAAACAGGAAUUUAUCAAAAAACUAAAGACGAAGCAAGAAAAGCGGCCCGAGCCGCGGAAAACUAUGCUUAUGACAAGGCAAAAUACGUUAAGGACUCUGCUCACGACAAUGCAGGUUACGCUAAGGAUUUUGCCGAGAACAAGGCACAAUACGCAAAAGAUUUUGCUUAUGACAAGACUGGUGAUGCAAAAAACAUGGCCUGCGAAAAUGCGGGCUAUGCGAAGGAUUUCGCUUAUGAUAAGGCUGGUGAUGCAAAGGACAUGGCCUACGAAAAUGCGGGCUAUGCUAAGGAUUUCGCCUAUGAUAAGGCAGGCAAUGCAAAGGACAUGGCCUAUGAUAAGGGAGGCUACGCGAAGGAUUUUGCCUUUGAGAAGGCUGGCAAUGCAAAGGACAUGGCCUACGAGAAGGCGGAACAUGUAAAGGAUUUCACAUAUGAUAAGGUAGGAGCUGCUUACGGAAGUGCGAAGAGUAUGAUGGACUCUGGUUAUGAUAAGGCUGGUGAUGCAAAGGACAUGGCCUAUGAGAAGGCGCCCUAUGCAAAGGACAUGGCAUAUGAGAAGGCCAGCAUAGCAAAAGACAUGGCCUACGAAAAAGCGGGGGAUGCUUAUGGAAGUGCGCAGAAAUUGAUGGACUCCGGCUAUGAUAAGGUCGGUGAUGCUAAGGACAUUGCCUAUGAAAAGGCGGGCAAUGUAAAGGACAUGGCCUACGAGAAAACAGGCAAUGCCAAGGACGGCGCCUAUGAGAAGGCGGGCAUUGCCAAGGGCAUGGCCUAUGAUAAGGCAGGCAAUGCCAAGGACAUGGCAUAUGAUAAGGUGGGAUCUGCUUAUGGCAUUGCGCAGAAGGCAAAGGAUUCUAGUUAUGAGAAAGCUGGUGAGGCCAAAGACUUCGCCUACAAGAAGGCUGGCAAUGCGAAAGACUUAGCUUACGAAAAAGCGCAAGAUGCAAAAGACUUUGCAUAUGACAAGGCGGGUUACGGAUACGACAAGACCGGUGAUGUGAUUAGGAUGGCUACAGACAAGAGUGGUGAAGCUUAUGAAGGAGCUAAAGAGAAGUCAAAGAGUGCCAAAGACAUGGCCGCAGAUAAAGCCGAACGUGCAAUGGAGUAUGGUAAAGACAAAGCAACAAGAGCAAUGGAUGAUUCUAUUAACUACAUGAAAGACAAAUCACACAAUGCCAAAGAUGAAGCAGCUAGGGGAUUCGAAGAAGCCAUGGAAAAAGUCGGCGAAAAGUACGGUACAGCCAAAGAAUCCACAAAACACGCUUAUGAAACCGCAAAGAAAAAGGCUUCUCAAGUUGCGGGAGAAAUAAGAGACCGUUAUGCUGAGCUCUAAAAUCAAUUUGUUAUACAACAAUGCUGAAUCUAACAGAGUCUCCUUUUCAAAAUGUAAACAACGUCUUUAAGCUAAGAAAUGUUGAACAAAGAGAAGUAAAAAUAGUAUAUAUAGAGUCUCUUACAAAUC